CAGGCAUCGGAACCAGCGCGCCGUGGGGAAAGAAGUGGAUGCGUUGGGGACUGUGAGAAAAGAAAAGAGGAGAUAGAGGUUUUUUUCCAACAUAAAUGGAGGUUCAUCCGUAGCCGGAGAGAAGAGCAGCUACAAAAAUACAAGCAAAAUGGCGAAAGACCACGAGGUCGAACGCAUUGCUAAAAAGCUGGACAAAAUGGUGCACAAGAAGAACACGGACGGUGCCAUAUAUCUGCUGAGGGAGUUGAAGAUAAUGAAGAUGUCUCUGGAGACGCUACAGUCCACCAGGAUCGGCAUGUCGGUGAACGCUGUGAGGAAGCAGAGUUCAGAGGAAGAGGUCCAGACUCUGGCCAAGGCACUCAUCAAGUCGUGGAAGAAACUACUGGACGGCGCAGAGGGGAAAGCUGUGGAGGAGAAGAAGAGGGAGGGAUCUCCUCUGAGGUCAUCAACGUCCAAGGACAGUCCUGGAUCCAGCGACAGGAGCAAGAAACAACAACUGCUGGAGCCCCCGAAGACUCCCACCUCCCCUACGACCCCGAAGUUCACCUCCUUCCCCCCCACUCCCGUCACCACUGACAGCGUGCGCACCAAGUGCCGAGAGCUGCUGGUGACUGCCCUGCAGACUGACGAUGACCACAAGACCAUUGGAGCAGACACUGAGAACUUGGCCGCUCAGAUUGAGGACUGUAUCUACCAGGAGUUUAAGUCUACAGACCAGAAGUACAAGUCGAGACUGAGGAGCCGUAUCUCCAACCUGAAGGACCAGAAGAACCCAGACCUCCGACGGAACGUCCUCGCUGGAAACAUCUCCGCUGACCGCAUCGCUAACAUGGCCGCUGAGGAGAUGGCGAGUGCGGAGCUGAAAGAGAUGAGGAAGACUUUGACCAAGGACGCCAUCAGAGAGCACCAGCUGUCCAAAGUGGGCGGGACCGAGACGGACAUGUUCCAAUGUGGCAAAUGCAGGGGCAAGAACUGCACCUAUACACAGGUGCAGACGCGCAGUGCUGAUGAACCCAUGACCACCUUCGUACUGUGCAACGGCUGUGGCAACCGCUGGAAGUUCUGUUGAGGAGAAGAUGAUGUCAUGGAUUUGCUGCGAGAUGAGCUGACAUUUUUGUUACAACUGCGAAUAGUUUUUCCUGUUGUUUUUAUUUUGUUUUGAUACCUUUUUUUUAUUUUUUUAUUUUUUUACAUUUACUCAUAAAUCUGGAAUAUAUUUUGAGGAGCUAGUCUGGGUGCCUUUCUGUUUCUGCUUGCCACAACCUCUUAUGGAAUGUCAACGAGUUGGCAAGAGCACAAACCGAUCUCGGACCAGGCUGAAGUUGAGCACUCAUUCUUAAAACAAGAUUUUGGUUUUGAUGUUUAUUAGUUGAAGCUAUAUCGUACUAAAAAAGCUUUUGUUUUUGGCAUUAAGGGAACAUAGUGGUGCAUUUCUUUGUCUCUGUGCCAGAAAUGAUGAUUUUACUGUUAGCUUUAUACACUUGCUGUAUAUAGAGUAUAUACACUCUUAGGGUGUGUCCCAAAUGGCACGCUAUUCACUUCACAGGACACUAAAAGUAGUGCACUAUAUAGGGAAUAGGGUGCUAUUUGGGACGCGCUAUUGCUGUACAUAGAACAAGCUGUUGUUUGGUGCUAUUCUGAAUCUACAGUCUAACAUACACACGGCACAGGUUCUUAAAGAGUUUCAAUUAGGUUUCAAUUAUUCCGUAAAAAACGAACAAACGAAAGAAACUGUAGGAUCUGUUAGAAGAUGUAGAGUUGCAGAGGAGUGGAAUGGGAUGAGGAGGAGGGGGACAGCUGUCGGUUUCUCUUCUUGUCCUUCUCUGAUCGUACGUUAGUAACGGUGUUAGCGGGGAGAGGUAGCCUGAUCGUACGUUAGUAAAGGGUUAGCGGGGAGAGGUAGCCUGAUCGUACGUUAGUAAAGGGUUAGCGGGGAGAGGUAGCCUGAUCGUACGUUAGUAAAGGGUUAGCGGGGAGAGGUAUCCUGAUCGUACAUUAGUAACGGGUUAGCGGGGAGAGGUAGCCUGAUCGUACGUUAGUAACGGGUUAGCGGGGAGAGGUAGCCUGAUCGAUCGUUAGUAACGGGUUAGCGGGGAGAGGUAGCCUGAUCGUACGUUAGUAACGAGUUAGCGGGGAGAGGUAGCCUGAUCGUACGUUAGUAACGAGUUAGCGGGGAGAGGUAGCCUGAUCGUACGUUAGUAACGGGUUAGCGGGGAGAGGUAGCCUGAUCGUACGUUAGUAACGGGUUAGCGGGGAGAGGUAGCCUGAUCGUACGUUAGUAACGGGUUAGCGGGGAGAGGUAGCCUGAUCGUACGUUAGUAAAGGGUUAGCAGGGACUGGAGAAGUAGCCUGAUUUCCAAUGAUAAAACAUAUCUAAAAUUUUGGUUGGAUAUCAGGCUACUGGAGAAGAGGGCAUCCUGACAAAAACGGUCGACUGGUUUGAAAAGUUUUGUCAUGCAAGUGAUUUUAUUUUGUAUGUAAACAUUUGUCCUCCCAACGGGAACUUGUGUCAAUUUAAUUAAAAACAGAUGUGAGGAGUGUGGAAAGAG